AUGGCUUUCUGCAACCGAACUGUUCUGGAAUCCCUCUCCUUCAAUCUCCUAUCCUUCGUAUUCAUCACUUUGCUCAACACCGGCACUAGUAUUGUUGCUAUAGACCAAGCUGAUGCUCUCCUCAAAUGGAAGGGUAGUAUCAACAACCAAAGCCAAUCUGUUCUCCAUUCAUGGACACUACUUGAUUCUAAUGCCACCAAUUCGUCUCUGCGAUCUGACCUGUGCAUGAGUUGGAUUGGAAUUACUUGCAAUCAAAGGGGAAUCGUCACUGAAAUUAGCUUACCAAGUAUGGGCUUGCAAGGUGUAGUGGAGAACUUCCCCUUUCCCUCAUUUCCUGCUCUUACACACCUGGAUCUAUUUAAUAAUUCAUUUCUUGGCACUGUUCCAUCCAACAUUGCUAACCUUUCUGUUAUCAACUACUUUGAUCUGUCUAUGAAUCAGCUCUCUGGAUUAAUUCCAUCUGAUAUCUGCUUACUUACCAGUCUUAGUAUCUUGUAUCUUGAUCAGAAUCAUUUCAGUGGAUCCAUACCUUACAGAAUGGGAAGAUUGAAAGACCUUACUACUCUGACCAUGUACUCCAAUAACCUCUCUGGUUUCAUACCUGAAUCUCUAGGGAAUUUAAGCAAUCUACAGGAGCUCUCUCUGUAUGAAAACAAUCUUGUUGGUCCAAUCCCUACAUCUAUAGGUAAGUUGAGAGAUCUGUACUUUCUAUACUUAUACCAAAAUCAACUUUCAGGUCACAUUCCCCAGGAAAUAGGAAAUUUGACACAGCUCAGGAUGUUAAGCCUGGAAAAUAAUACUCUAGUCGGAUCGAUCCCCGAAGAAAUAGGAAAUUUGAAAUCACUUACUGCUCUAUACUUACCUCUGAACAAUCUCAAUGGUUCAAUCCCUGCCUCUUUGGGUAAUUUGAGAAACCUAACCAUUUUACGCCUCUUUCAGAAUCAAUUAUCUGGUAGUAUUCCCCUAGAAAUAGGUAAUUUGACAAGUCUGACUGUCAUAGAUAUGCCUUUCAAUCAGCUAACUGGAUUCAUCCCUUCCACUUUGGGAAACCUACAGCAGCUCACCAAAUUGAACCUGCUGGAAAAUCAACUUUCUGGAUCAAUCCCUGAAGGAAUAGGAAAUCUUACAGAAUUGGUUAGCUUACAAUUGGCAGAUAACCAUUUCUCAGAUAGUCUACCACAAGGGCUAUGCAUGAGUGGAUCACUUGAAAACUUCACUGCAUUUAACAACCAUUUCACAGGUCUUAUCCCAAAGGGCUUCAAAAACUGCACAGGCUUUGUUAGAGUUCGACUUGAAAAUAACCAACUUGCUGCAAACUUAUCAGAAGACUUCGGGGUUUAUGAGAAUCUGACUUAUAUUGAUUUGAGCAAUAAUCAAUUUCAUGGUGAACUAUCAUCAACCUGGGGCCAAUGCCAAAAUCUGCAAGCUUUACGGAUCGCUGGGAAUAAUAUUACUGGUAAGAUACCUCCAGAGCUUGGGAUGUUAACUCAACUGCAUUUUCUUGACCUUUCUUCAAAUUACCUGGUGGGAGAAAUUCCAAAGGAGUUUGUUGGGUUGACAAGUUUGCUAAAUCUCAAUCUAAGUAGCAACCAACUUUCUGGCAGAUUACCAUUAGAAGUUGGAAGGCUAUACAGCCUAACAAAUCUUGAUUUGUCAACAAACAGUUUGAGUGGACAAAUACCAAAAGAAAUAGGGAACUGCUCCAACUUGUUAUAUCUGGAUUUAAGCAACAACAAAUUCAAUGGAAGCAUUCCAUUUCAAAUUGGCAAUCUGGUUCACCUUCAACUUCUGUUGGAUCUUAGUCGAAAUAGGCUCAUUGGAGAGAUACAGUCACAGUUUAAAAUUUUAGGGUUCUUGGAAAAGUUAAAUCUCUCCCACAAUCAACUCUCUGGUACCAUUUCUUCUGCUUUCGAUGGAAUGUCUAGCUUGACAUCCAUUGAUAUAUCUUACAAUGAGUUUGAGGGUCCAAUUCCAAACAACAGAGCCUUUCAAAAUGCUACAAUAGAAUCUUUAAGAAACAACAAAGCACUGUGUGGCAAUGCAAGUGGUCUGCAACCUUGCAAAUCAUCCCUGUCGAAAGGAGAAAAGGAAAAACCAGACCACAAAAUCCUGAUUGCUGUCUUGGUUCCAUUGUUAGGUGUGCUAUUUCUUCUGUUUUCUUAUGUUAGUAUUGCUCGUGUUAUUCACCAAAGGGUAAGAAUCAUUGAGACAAAGCAAAGAACAGAUUUAUUUUCAAUAUGGAAUUACAACGGCAGAAUAGUCUAUCAAGAAAUUAUUGAAGCAACCGAGGAUUUUGAUGCCAAAUAUUGCAUUGGGACAGGAGGAUAUGGAAGUGUAUACAUAGCAAAGCUGUCAACGGAUCAAGUAGUUGCUGUCAAAAAGCUUGACCAAUUAUCACAGGAUGAGUGUGAGAAUGCCAACAUACAAACAUUUAGAAAUGAGAUUAGUGCAUUGACAAAACUGCGACAUCGAAACAUUUUUAUGAGUAUUUUGAGAGAGGAAGUUUGGCUAAGAUCCUCAACAACAGUGAGCUUGCAUCAGAAAUGGAUUGGAUAA